AUGUUAUUUCAAAGAUUUUUCAAACAGCCUAAGCCCAAUAAAUUUGGAUAUACCCCUGUGUAUUACGAUGAACGUAAAAUUGAUCGUGAACGUAAAAUAAAAGAAGCGCAGCAGAAAUCAUCAGAGAAUGGAGAGUAUGUUCGUGAAAACAUGGAUUUCAGAGGACAUACCUUAAUGCAAAUAAGUGACAUUCACGUAGGAACCCGUUUUGAUUGGGGUUACCUCAUCGAUUCAUUUAAAGAAGCACAAAAAUUGAAUCCCGAUUUUGUGGUAUACACCGGUGACUAUGUGAGUUACGAAAAGGAAAAUGAAUUCAAGGAUUUGAAAGAAGUAAUGAAACAUUCUGUUAAAGGAAGUAUAGCGACCAUUGGGAUACUAGGGAAUCACGAUUACGGAGAGAACUGGGGAGAACCAGAAGUUGCUAAUUCCAUCCAAACGAUCUUAGAAAAUACAGGAAUUACAGUACUAAGAAAUGAAGCAAAAACUUUAUCCGGUUUAACGGUUAUUGGGAUGGAUGAUUAUUGGGGGACUAAUUUUAAUCCUGAAUUAGCCUUGGAACAAUAUGACAGCAGUAAGGCUAAUAUUGUUUUGUGCCAUAAUCCUGAUGUCUGUGAUGAAGACGUUUGGGGCGGUUAUAACAGCUGGAUUCUUUCUGGUCAUACCCAUGGAGGACAAGUAAGACCUCCUUUUUUAACUCCACCAAUGUUGCCUGUUAAAAAUAAAGAGUAUUCAUCUGGAAAAAUUGACUUAAAGGAUGGAAGAAUACUUUAUAUCAAUAGAGCUCUAGGUCAUUUGUGGCAAAUUAGGCUGAAUGUAAGACCCGAAAUUACAGUGUUCGAGAUGAUUUGA